AAGUUCGUUCAGUAUCAUUUCUACGCCGGCCGACUCGAGAUGUUCAAACGCUCGCGGCUCUUGAUAUAAGCUCGCGCUACUUUUUUACUUUUCCACUGGAUACGUUCCAGCUCCUUCCCUUGCGCGUUGUUAUUUUUCGAUCGAAGUGAUAAUUUGUGUGCACUCAAAUCACUCAACCCGUCACAAAUGCGAUCAACAACAGUUCGAUAAAAUCAAGUUUCGUCACUCGGUUGGCGGUUAGUAGUUUCUUCUACUUUGGCUAUCGUCGUCGUCGUCGCGUGUUUUUUGCGAUCGAUCAUACAUAUCUCAAUAUCAGACGAUGAAGAUGCAGAAAAAAUUCAAUGUGAUUUAACUGUUGAUCGAUCAAAUUAGUGCGAUCCGUUGGUGUUCGAUUGGAAAAUUUGGUUUGUUGCUUCAUUUCGUACGACUAAGUUGGAUAAGUAAAGUUAGUGCGGUUAUCAGUAUCCGAAACAAGCACGAUCUCAACAGUCAUUACAUCAGUCAGUAGCAACGACGACAAUCAUGCCUGUGUAUCUGGAAGUGAGCACCAACUGCGAUGAUGAACAGUACGAUAACCACGGCUUUAGCGUGCCUAGUCAACCGAAUCUGCUGUCAUUGCAAUGCAUAUCUAGUCUAUCGCAUCCAAAUUGUUUAUUCAACCCUAGUCCUAAGAACGAUGAACCAUACGGAAAGACUGAGAAACGUAAACUGCUUUGGGCGAUUGCCUUCACGCUAGUUUUCAUGGUAGCAGAAUUCGUCGGAGGCUAUCUGUCCGGCAGUUUAGCCAUCAUGACCGACGCCGCCCAUCUGUUGUCCGACUGCAUCAGCUUCUUGAUAGCAGUUAUCUCCAUCUGGAUAUCCAACAAGCCUCCUGACGGGAAGAUGUCCUUCGGCUAUCGCAGAGUAGAGGUUAUCGGUGCUAUCCUAUCUAUCGUGGGCAUUUGGGCAUUGACGGCUGCCCUCGUCGUUGUGUCCAUCCAGCGGUUGAUAGACGGAGACUUUGAUAUCGACGCCGAUACCAUGAUCAUCGUCGCCAUACUGGGAGUCGUCAUGAACAUUAUGACGGCAUUCAUUCUGCACGGAUCGUGUAGUAUCGUACCGCACAUGCACCACGGCCAUUCACACGGUGGUCACUCGCACGGUGGUCACUCACAUGGUGGCCACUCGCACUCCUUCCCUCACACCAACUCGCAAGCGAACCUGAUAGAAUCAUCGACCACGCCAAAAUCCACACCACUGACGCGGUCCAGGUCGGGGUCCCCAUGCAAAAAGACCCGCCAUAAGCUGGAGAAACUGAAAAUCUGCAACGAGAAAAAGUGCGAUCGCAUGGAAGAGCUGACCAUUCCCAAUCUACCGCCGAGCCCCAGCCCCAGUCCUAACGAAUCGAUUCCCAAUACUCGACACAAUUCGUUUGCAGCCAACUCGACCAUACAGCGCCCCAACCUGGACAGCAUGCUGUCUAUAGCAAAGAAAAAACUCAACAAAGAGGCCCUGCGGCAUCGGAUGAGCGUGGACGCCGCGUUGCACUCUCCCGACAUUAUACCGUCCAGUAAAUUCUUCUACAACAAGAUCGGCAUCGACAUUGAUCCUUCGAUGGCCGAGAAUCGGCGCGAUAGCAACAUUAGCACCGACUCGCACAUACAUGAGGAACCGUGCUCCGGAAGCGACCAUAACGAUGACGAAAACCUCAACGUUCGGGCCGCUAUUAUUCACGUGAUUGGGGAUUUUAUUCAGAGCAUUGGGGUGUUGCUAGCUGCCAUCGUCAUCAAGUUUGCGCCUAAUCUCAAGGUUUUUGAUCCGAUAUGUACGUUUCUGUUUUCGGUGAUCGUGAUCUUCACGACUGUUCGAAUUUUCCGGGACUCGAUGCGGAUCUUGAUGGAUGCCGUUCCCUCAAAUAUUUCCGUCGAAAAGCUAAGGACUGAACUGGGGUGCAUCAACGGUGUGAAAUCCGUCCACGAGCUGAACGUUUGGAGUAUAUCUACCGGAUUGAAUCUGAUGACCGUUCAUUUGAUGGUUGAUCCAAUAGCUAAUACAUCGGAAAUUCUUAUCGCAGCCCACACGAUUGCUCAGAAAGGAUUCCACAUCAAGAAGUGUACAGUACAAAUAGAGAAAAUUUGUUUUUGACCUACGUAAUAAGUGGUUGUCUGUGAUUAAGUAAUUUUAAUGUUAGGCUAAGUUGUUAAAAUACAACACAAUGUACAUUAUUGAGGUAUUAAACUUAUUUUUCAUUACGAA